UUAACAUCCAAAUCCAAGUCUAGCUAUCUACUAGCCUUAUCCCCAUGCGAUCUCUUGCUUGGUGAUGUGCAGUGUGCACAACAACACUACUAGCAGUGUACCCUUACUUCAUUGAUUCCAUUAAAAACAUUAUUCUUCUUUCAAAUUUGAAUUCCAUUUUCCAAACACAAUAAUGGUUUCAAUUUCAAACUCAAUUGUAGUUACUUCUUCUCUUUAUUCACCAUCAUCACUUCUACCUCGCACCCUCUUCCAUUCCCACAAACUUUCAUCCUUAAACCAAUCCUCUGCCUUUCUUUCUCACAAUUACCGUUUGAAUUCUAAAAGGAUUCUUCCCUCCGUUUGCUUCUUCAAUUCUAGAGACAACAAAUCUGACACCAAAUUACAGGACCAGGACUCUAGAUCAGAAUGGCCUAUUCUUAGACGAUGGGAGGUACCUUGGGAAUGGCAAACAGUUUCACUAACAUCUCUUGCUUGUGGAUUGGGUUUUGUGUUGACAGGUUUGGCUGAGGCAACAGCUCUACCAUAUCUCGGAAUUCGACCUGAUAUGCUAAGUCUAGAUGAAAAGGCAGAGUUACUCUUUAUAGAUCAGGGCAUCACAACUGCUGCUGUACUUGGGAUCAUAUAUAGUGUUUUCAACACUUACCAACCACUCCCUGAAGGCUUCUUCAAAUAUGAUUUAAGGGAACCUUUUAAUCUUCAAAAGGGUUGGCUUUUGUGGGCAGGAGUUGGACUUGUUGGUGCCCUAGUUUCCAUUGGAUUGACAGGAGUUGCUGUGUCCUUUUUUAAUGGAGAAACCCCAGAAAGAGAGACUGAUGCUCUUGUUCGCUUGCUUCCAUUGAUUGGAUCUUCAAGUAUCAGCACUGCUUGUUUGGUGGGCAUCACAGGCGUUUUUGCUCCACUUCUUGAGGAGACAGUUUUCCGAGGCUUUUUUAUGACGUCCCUAACUAAAUGGGUUCCUACACCAGUUGCUAUCAUCCUUAGUGCGGCUGUGUUUGCCCUUGCUCAUCUCACUCCUGGUGAAUUUCCCCAGUUGUUUGUUCUAGGGAGUGCUUUAGGGAUUUCAUAUGCUCAAACUCGCAACCUUCUCACUCCUAUCACUAUCCAUGCGUUCUGGAAUUCAGGAGUUAUAUUACUUCUCACUGUUCUCCAGUUGCAAGGAUAUGAUAUCAAAGAAUUAUUGCAGAGAUAGGAAAAUUUUCUCUCCUUUGUAAAGAUGUGGAGUAUGUACCAUACAGAACACAGAUCCAUUUUGUUUGUAUGUUUAUGCUCCUUUUACUUGUUGUAAAAUGUUAUACAACGAUGAAGUAGACAACGAUUAUUUGAUCAUGGUAGUAAAUAUAUACAAUGAACUUGGACUUUUUUUGCA